AUGGAUCCAGGAUUUCCUGCGUUUCCCAUCAUCCUCAUACUUGGACUCCUCCUCGUCCUGAUCCCUCUACCUUGGCAUCUUCGUUCUUGGAACUCAGGCACUUCCUUGUACAUGAUCUGGAUCGCAAUUGCGAGCAUAAACCAACUCGUUAAUUCAAUCGUCUGGCACGAUAAUACUAUAGAUCAUGCACCAAUAUGGUGCGACAUCUCCUCUCACUUGAUCAUUGGAAUAUCAGUCGCUAUCCCCGCCGCAUCGAUGUGCAUCAUGCGACUGAUGUACAGCAUUACUACUGGAAAGUCUGGUUCGAUGAGAUCGCAAGACAGAAAGCACCAUCUGAUCAUUGAUUUAGCCAUUGGCAUCGGCUUGCCAGUAUUGGAAAUGAUCUUCAGCAAGCUACAUCGUCACCGCUACAACAUCUUUGAGGACAUCGGCUGCUUUCCAGCAUUGUAUUUUUCCCCUGUAGCCUUUGCACUUGUAGCGAUUUGGCCUCUUGCAAUUAAUCUUGUCUCCGCAGUGUACGGUGCUUUGGCCAUCAGAGCACUCAUGACGCGCCGAAAUGCGAUCAAUAAAUUUCUUGCCGAGUCAAACUCGUCACUGUCCAUGGGUGUAUACUACCGCUCGAUGGCCUUAGCAUCUACGGAAGUUGUCUUUGCUAUUCCUUUCAACAUCUACCUUAUUUAUAACAACACUCGUCACGGUAUCCUUCCCUGGAAGGGUUGGGAAGACGCUCACUCGAAUUUUUCCCGUGUCCUUCAAAUCCCGUCCGUCGAAUGGACGUUAGACUACGAGUUCUUUGUGGCGAUGGAAGCAACUCGAUGGUCGAUUCCGAUUUGCGCUUUCCUUUUCUUCUUCUUUUUUGGCUUCUCUGGAGAGGCACGACGAAUAUAUCGUCAAGUCUAUGAGUUCUGUCUCCGGCGCGUCCCGUUCAUUCCCAAAGAAGACAACAACAAGACUACCAUGUCUACACUCAUCUUCACCCUCCCUACCACCUCAUAUCCACCGAAUCCUGGAGCUGAUACUUUUAUCCUCAACAUCACGAAGGAGAAUACUCCAGCUCUCCCUGAGGCGGAUCUACCAUAA